ACUCUUUGAGCACCAUGGAAAAGAGAGAACUGCUGAUAUCAACAGAGAUACCAGUAGAAUAUAUAGAUCCAACUUCAAUUGAUCUCACUCCCCUGGUCAACACAUUAAUUAACUCUACGCAAUCAGGGUCACAACAACUCUUCUCCUUAUUGAGUGUGACUUCCCACAGUUCCCUGGCUCUUCAUAAAUUCACUCUACUGGUGUAUAACAUUUCAGAUUUCAGGAACAUAGAGACCAAGUCAUUUCCAAUGAGAUUCUGUUACUGUGUAAGCAACAAGACAAAUGAUCUAACAGAUUUCACAGCCAUAUUGCUGGAUGUAAUGGGAAAUUCCACCAGCUACCUUCAAGAAAUAUUCAAGUCUAGUUCCAUAUUAUCAGUGGGCCAGAGUAACAAUUCAGAAUGCACCUAUAUCUGCGUAAUGGCAGGGAAAACUGACAGAGACCUGUCCCAGCUCUGGGAGAUGGAGUCCAUCAAGCCUCUUUUUAAUCAGACCAUUACUGCUGAUGUCCACAAAGGCAAUACGUCAAUACCAGAGUCACCCAUUGACUGGCACCGUUUGCCGACAAGUUCAGGCACCAUUUCCUCAACUGACAUCAGUCAAAUACAGACCAGCACAAUUCACGGCACUUUGUCCGGUGAGUCACCAUAUACAAAAUGUCAGCAAAUGGAAAUGCUUGCUAUGUUUACAGUGUGGUGUAAGAUGAAGAACACUCAUAAUCGCUUCAUUUAUUUCAUUCACGUACCAGCAACGACAACCACAACCAUCUUAAGAACCACAGCCAGAAUGGCGACUCAGUCACCACUCAGAGAGAGGUCAGGUUGUCCGCGGAAGAGGCCAGGGCUAAUGCACGUGGGCGGAGAGGACGAAGAGCUUGUUUCAGCCACCUCCUCCACCAGCACUACCGCUGUCAGUGCUCAGAAGCUGCAGUCCUGCUUGCUGGAGCUUUGCAAAUUCUUCUCGCGGUGCCUCUGCCGUACCUACACCAAAGCCCGGACGAAAAGGUACUGCGUGGAUACCCAUCCCUGGUAUGUGAAAUACACCCCAGAAAUAUGCAGGAGAUUUAAAAGAAUCGCUUAUUCUAAAAACCUGAAGCAGAAGUGCCUGGCCAGAAUGUGCACCAAGCUGUGAUGCGCCAAACAAAGUUCUGUUUUCCGCGGAACAUCCCUCUGAACUUCCAGAUGCCACACUCACUGUUUGCCUUUAUAAGCAUGCUGUUCAAUUCCAUGUUCAUUCGCGACUAGUUUCCUUGCUUUCGACCUAAGGUUUUCAUAAAAAGAAAAGCAUACUGCUGGACAUGUGCUUUUUUUAUAAUGGGGAUUACGUCUUGUCAUCUUUCUGAAAAUAAGUGCAUUUCAAUAAACAAUAUGGACGCAAGCAUUUGUAUUGCAGCAUGAUCACUGAGAUUAAAAGUUAAUGAGUUAAAGAUUUUCCAACCAUCAGACAUUACAGAUUCUCCUGAUAGUUCUUUGGUACCAAAGACUUAAUUGCCUAAAAUUAGACUCAAUUAAAAAGUGUCAUGACUAAUGGCUAUGGCAGUGAAAUGCCUCACCACAAAAUGCUGAUUUAUCUAGCUAACAAUCCCUGCUUCCCACUUCCCAGUGCUAUAACCUCACCAAUGGAAUCAAACCCAACUAUUCACUCAGUCUAUGCUUUUGGUAUUUUCAAAGAAACACUUCUGCUGCUAUGAAAUGGCUUUUUGUAAGGCAAUGAAAAAUACAAUGAAAGCAUG